AUGUCUACAAAGAAAGAAAGAGAAGUUAUUCUUAACUCAAUCGAAGAUGAAUAUAGGCACGAUCUUUCGCUUCACUUAUACUCGACGUUCCUAUUCCACCAAAUAAACCCUCUUUUUCCUAGACGUAACUGGGCUAGCUGGCCAUUGCCAUUCGAUCGAGUUCCUGACCCUCGUUCAAGUAAAACAUUUGUUGGUUCAGAAAAUUGUAUAGAACAAUUUGAUGACAUAGAUCAUGAAACUAAUGUAAACCGAGAGAACGAGCUAGAUAUGAGAGAAAGUGUAUCUACAGACGAUGAAGAUGAAUCGGAGGAUACAGGAGAUGAUGAUGAGGUAUCUGUGAAAGACGAAGUAAUACACCAAAAUAGACACAAACGGUAUACUAGGAUACGAUCGGUUGCAACUAAGGAAACACUAUCAAAUAGUAAAGUUGAUAUCAUGAUAGAACUACACGCAUUGCUAGAAAGGAAAAUACAUAGCAAACUAAAGAAUGUUGCAGAUAAACAAAACCUAACUAUGAGUGCUGAUGUCUCAUCCGCAAUGACUAAUGAAGUAUGCAAAAAAUUGGCAAAUAAAGUUGAUCAUCUUGUUAACAAUAUUAUCAAUUUUCAGAAGCAAGGGAAAACAAGGUUGUCUUCCAGUCGUCCAUAUCCACGUUUGUUAAACUGGCAGGAUAUUUUAUUAGCAGGGCUUGAUGUCGAUGAAUCACACAAAAAAACAUUGGACAGCACAAGUCAUGCCAAUCUUUAUCAAAAAUGUGAAAGAAUUUUUGAUAACCCAAAAUACACAUACGAAUAUGAUGAUAACGAAGAAGAAGGAGACGACGAAAAUCAGAGUAAUGAUGUACCUGAUACAUAUGUGAUUAACCCUGAACAAGGAGAAGAAGAAUCUACGUUAGAUACACUGAAGCAAAAGUUUAAUUACUCAGAAUAUCUAUCAAAAGUAGAAGAAACACAUCGUGGGCUUAUAAAUUAUAAAAAUUUUAAACAAAGGAUGCUUAAAAACCGAAAUCAAGAGGAUAAGUUACGAGAAUUAAAAAAAGCAAUAUUCAUGAGGAAGUUAAAUCUUCAAACCAAAUAUAGUAACAUAGAUUGGAGCAAGACGAAAAAGCGACCAAAGAUUCAAGGCCGGAAGGCGCCUAAGAAAUACAGGAUACAAAAUGAGGACAAAGACUCCCAAAAAGAAGAUGCAUUAGCGCAUGGUGGAAUACUGUUAACGGCAGACGAUUUUACAGUAAAUAUAUAA